AUGGGUGUGCAGAGGGCCCAGAUCUCUGGGCCUGCCUCCCAGCUCCAGGGGAAAGGGGCCUAUGCAGAGGGCCCUCGCGGCCAGCCAGUUCUCUUCACCAGGCUGCCCCUGCCCAGCGAGUCAGCCCAUCAGCCCACUGCAGAGGCGGCCUCACUGCUCUCCGAGCCUGCUCCCACCUGCACAGGCUCCUCCCCACCUUUCCAAAGUGCCAUCUUCGAGGAGAAUGCGGCCAAGGACGACAGGGUGUUCCAGCUGGCCAUAUCUGACCUGAGCCUCAACGAUGACAUCCUGCAGAGCGAGAAGAUCACCUACUCCAUCAAGGUCAUCGAGGCCAACAACCCGUUUCAGGCCGUGCAGGAAGCCUGUGACCUCAUGACCCAGGGCAUUUUGGCUUUGGUCACAUCCACUGGCUGUGCGUCCGCCAACGCCCUGCAGUCCCUCACCGACGCGAUGCACAUCCCACACCUCUUUGUGCAGCGCAACCCAGGAGGGUCACCACGCACUGCCUGCCACCUGAACCCCAGCCCCGAAGGGGAGGCCUACACACUGGCCUCGAGGCCGCCCGUGCGCCUCAACGACGUCACGCUCAGGCUGGUGACCGAGCUGCGCUGGCAGAAGUUCGUCAUGUUCUACGACAGCGAGUACGAUAUCCGUGGUCUCCAAAGCUUUCUGGACCAGGCCUCGCGGCUGGGCCUUGAUGUCUCUUUACAAAAGGUGGACAAGAACAUCAGCCACGUGUUCACCAGCCUCUUCACCACCAUGAAGACGGAGGAGCUGAAUCGCUACCGGGACACGCUGCGCCGCGCCAUCCUGCUGCUCAGCCCGCAGGGGGCCCACUCCUUCAUCAACGAGGCCGUGGAGACCAACCUGGCUUCCAAGGACAGCCACUGGGUCUUCGUCAAUGAGGAAAUCAGUGACCCGGAGAUUCUGGAUCUGGUCCACAGCGCCCUGGGCAGGAUGACCGUGGUCCGACAGAUAUUCCCGGCUGCCAAGGACAACCAGAAAUGCACGAGGAACAACCACCGCAUCUCCUCCCUGCUGUGCGACCCCCAGGAGGGCUACCUCCAGAUGCUGCAGAUCUCCAACCUCUACCUGUACGACAGCGUGCUGAUGCUGGCCAACGCCUUCCACAGGAAGCUGGAGGACAGGAAGUGGCACAGCAUGGCCAGCCUCAACUGCAUCCGCAAGUCCACCAAGCCAUGGAACGGCGGGCGGUCCAUGCUGGACACGAUAAAAAAGGGUCACAUCACCGGCCUCACAGGGGUGAUGGAGUUUCGGGAGGAUCGCUCGAACCCCUACGUCCAGUUUGAAAUCCUCGGCACGACCUACAGCGAGACCUUUGGCAAAGACAUGCGUAAGCUGGCCACGUGGGACUCGGAGAAGGGCCUGAACGGCAGCCUGCAGGAGAGGCCCAUGGGCAGCCGCCUCCAGGGACUGACUCUCAAAGUGGUGACUGUCUUGGAGGAGCCCUUUGUGAUGGUGGCCGAGAACAUCCUCGGGCAGCCCAAGCGCUACAAAGGCUUCUCCGUGGACGUCCUGGAUGCCCUGGCCAAGGCCCUGGGCUUCAAGUAUGAGAUCUACCAGGCACCCGACGGCGGGUAUGGCCACCAGCUCCACAACACCUCGUGGAACGGGAUGAUCGGGGAGCUCAUCAGCAAGAGAGCAGACUUGGCCAUCUCUGCCAUCACCAUCACCCCGGAGCGGGAGAGUGUGGUGGACUUCAGCAAGCGGUACAUGGACUACUCGGUGGGGAUCCUACUCAAGAAGCCCGAGGAGAAGAUCAGCAUCUUCUCUCUCUUUGCUCCGUUUGACUUUGCGGUCUGGGCCUGCAUCGCGGCAGCCAUCCCUGUGGUGGGCGUGCUGAUAUUCGUGUUGAACCGGAUGCAGGCCGUGACGGCUCAGGCUGCUGCCCAGCCUCGGCCAUCCGCGUCUGCCACCUUGCACAGUGCCAUCUGGAUCGUCUACGGAGCCUUCGUACAACAAGGUGGCGAGUCCUCUGUGAACUCCGUGGCCAUGCGCAUCGUGAUGGGCAGCUGGUGGCUCUUCACCCUCAUCGUGUGCUCCUCCUACACGGCCAACCUUGCCGCCUUCCUCACAGUGUCCAGGAUGGACAGCCCCAUAAGGACGUUCCAGGACCUGUCCAAGCAGGUGGAGCUGCCCUACGGCACGGUGCGCGGCUCGGCCGUGUAUGAGUACUUCCGCGCCAAGGGCACCAACCCGCUGGAGCAGGACAGCACGUUUGCCGAGCUCUGGCGGACCAUCAGCAAGAACGGGGGCGCCGACAACUGCGUGUCCAGCCCCUCGGAAGGCAUCAGGAAGGCAAAGAAGGGGAACUACGCCUUCCUGUGGGAUGUGGCGGUGGUGGAGUACGCGGCCCUGACCGAUGACGACUGCGCGGUGACCGUGGUCAGCAACAGCGUCAGCAGCAAGGGCUAUGGCAUCGCCCUGCAGCACGGCAGCCCCUACCGGGACCUCUUCUCCCAGAGAAUCCUGGAGCUGCAGGACACCGGGGACCUGGACGUGCUGAAACAGAAGUGGUGGCCGCGCACAGGCCGCUUCUUCUGCAUCCUGGCUGUCGGCCUCCUCCUCGCCUGCCUGGUGGCCGCCCUGGAGCUGUGGUGGACCAGCAACCGGUGCCGCCAGGAGACCCCCAAGGAGGACAAGGAGGUGAACCUGGAGCAGGUGCAUCGGCGCAUGAACAGCCUCCUGGAUGAGGACGUCGCUCACAAGCAGAUCUCCCCGGCGUCCAUCGAGCUCUCGGCCCUGGAGAUGGGGGGGCUGGCACCUGGCCAGGCCCUGGAGCCUACACGGGAGUACCCGAACCCCCAGAUCUCAGUCAGCACCUUUCUUCCAGAGCAGAGCGGCCACGGCCCCGGCCGGACACUCACGGCAGGGCCCAGCGGCCUGCCGCUGCCACUGGGCGGCUCGGCCACCAUGCCCACUGUGCCCUGCAAGCACAGGUCGCCCAACGGGGGGCUGUUCCGCCAGAGCCCGGUGAAGACCCCCAUCCCCAUGGCCUUCCAGCCCGUGCCCGGGGGCGUCCUCCCCGAGGCCCUGGACACCGCCCACGGCACCUCCAUCUGACCAGCCUCCGCCCUCCCGCCGCACACCCACCCGACCAGCAGAGCUUUUUAAUACGAGGAAACCACACACAAACACACACACACACACACACGCACACACACACGGACACACACACGCACACGCACUCGUUUUUCUUGUACAUACCUGUAAAUAAUGACAGAAUGGAGUGGGGUAAAAGUGUAUUUUGAAUAUUCCCAAUUUUCGAAGUCAGUAAAAAAACCACAAAAACGG